AUAUGAGAAAUUGGCUUUCUGAAUACCCAAUACACAAAUCAAGCCCAUAUCGUAGUCCAAUAAAUUCCAACCCAUUAUCAUCAUAACACAUUACUCAAUUUUACAUUUUUUCGUUGCCAUCAAAUUAAAUAACUAAGAAAAUUACCCCAUCCUUGUCAAUCAUUAAUCUUUCAUCCAUUUCUUGCCCUCAUCUGCACAAUCCCUAAUCCCCAAUUUCUUUAAUUUGUCUCUGUAAACCCCAAUUCUCUUUGAAAGAAUUUAAUAAAAGAAAGCGAAAAUGGUGUUAGCACAAUUAGGAGGGAGUAUAUCCCGUGCCAUACAGCAGAUGAGCAAUGCUACCAUAAUCGAUGAGAAAGCAUUGAACGAUUGUCUCAAUGAGAUCACACGCGCUCUUCUUCAGUCUGAUGUUCAAUUCAAGCUUGUUCGUGAUAUGCAAACCAAUAUCAAGAAAAUUGUCAAUCUUGAUGAUCUUGCUGCUGGUCAUAAUAAGCGUAAGAUCAUACAGCAGGCAAUAUUUAAUGAGCUUUGCAAAAUGUUGGAUCCUGGGAAACCUUCAUUUACUCCAAAGAAAGGGAAAACAAGUGUAGUUAUGUUUGUUGGUUUACAAGGGUCUGGGAAAACCACAACUUGUACUAAAUAUGCAUAUUAUCAUCAGAAAAAAGGUUGGAAACCAGCUUUAGUUUGUGCUGAUACAUUCAGGGCUGGUGCUUUUGAUCAGCUGAAGCAAAAUGCCACUAAAGCUAAAAUUCCAUUUUAUGGAAGUUAUAUGGAAUCAGAUCCUGUGAAGAUUGCUGUGGAAGGAGUGGAAAGAUUUAAGAAAGAGAAUUGUGAUCUUAUAAUUGUUGAUACCAGUGGACGACAUAAACAGGAAGCUGCCCUUUUUGAAGAAAUGCGCCAAGUGUCUGAAGCAACGAAACCAGAUCUUGUUAUUUUUGUUAUGGAUAGCAGUAUUGGUCAAGCUGCUUUUGAUCAAGCUCAAGCAUUUAAGCAAAGUGUCGCAGUUGGAGCUGUUAUUGUUACCAAAAUGGAUGGUCAUGCAAAGGGUGGUGGCGCGCUUAGUGCUGUUGCAGCAACAAAGAGUCCUGUUAUAUUCAUUGGAACAGGAGAGCAUAUGGAUGAAUUUGAAGUUUUUGAUGUCAAACCUUUUGUUAGUCGCCUUUUAGGCAUGGGUGACUGGUCUGGAUUUAUGGACAAAAUUCACGAGGUAGUUCCUAUGGAUCAACAGCCUGAGCUUCUGCAAAAACUUUCAGAAGGAAACUUUACCUUGAGGAUUAUGUACGAGCAAUUUCAGAAUAUUCUCAAGAUGGGUCCCAUUGGCCAGGUAUUUUCGAUGCUUCCAGGAUUUAGUGCUGAACUAAUGCCAAAAGGUCGUGAAAAGGAGAGCCAGGCAAAGAUUAAGCGAUAUAUGACCAUGAUGGAUUCGAUGACAAAUGAAGAACUGGAUAGCUCUAAUCCAAAGCUUAUGAACGACUCUCGUAUUAUGAGGAUAGCACGGGGUUCUGGCCGCCAAGUUAGAGAAGUAAUGGAGAUGUUUGAAGAAUACAAACGUCUGGCCAAAAUUUGGAGCAAGAUGAAGGGACUUAAGAUUCCUAAGAAGGGUGAAAUGAGUGCCCUGUCCAGAAAUAUGAAUGCACAACACAUGAGCAAAGUUCUCCCUCCACAAAUGCUGAAGCAGAUAGGUGGCAUGGGCGGCUUGCAAAAUUUGAUGAAGCAAAUGGGUUCUGCCAAGGACAUGAUGGGGAUGUUUGGAGGUGGGGAAAAUAAAGUGUAAUUAGAGCUGCACUGGUGAAAUGCAUUGGAUUCCAAUUAUGAAGCAUAGGUUUGGCAGGCAGGAGGAGUUCACAAGCAGAUGAAAUGUCACUAACUGUUCAGCCAGAUAAAUUCUUGGUGGUUGAUGCAAUUGGUUUUUCUUUUCCCCUAGUACAGCAAUAUUGUUCUUAACGAUAGUUGACAGUUUGGCCUGUUUUGUAUGUAUUGACUUGGAAAAAGAGGAAAAACCACAUGAGUGGAAUUUGAUGUUUCAGGCCAUCGAGCAUAGAUACUUUUGUUAAGUGUUCCAGCAGGAUUAUACUAUUGGGAAUUUGCAGAGGUCAUCUUCUAUACAUUGACAGUUCAGUUUGCCUGGCAAGGAAAUUGUAAAUUUGUUGUCUUAUAUAAAAUGGAAGGAAUAUGGACCACUA